AUGAGUUCGAACAAUACCGGUACAAUAUCGCCACCACAUGACAACUCCAUACUCGUACCGGUUGUACAAGCGAACUGGCCGGCGUACGUUGAAGAAAUAGCGGAGGUAUUUGGAGCCGGCGCCGAGGUAGAUGAGCCUAUCAGAAGCAACCUGAGCCACGAAACGGAUAUCGAUUCGCUCAACGACUGCUUGAUCAUGAAUCAGCUUAAGUAUUUAGGUAACCUAACUGCUAGCGAUACAGUUAUAACUGCUAUGCCUCAACAACCAGCGCAACCCGGCAGUGUCGAGACGGUCGAGAUACCCUAUCACACCGAUCGCGCUAGCGAGAGUACCUUCGACGACAACGAUUCCGAUGGAGAGUGCGACGGGAGCUACAGCUCCGACGAAGAUUUUGCUGGAGAUGAUGACAGCGACUAUGAGGACCAAGCUGCGACCGGUGACGAUGAUGGCAGCCAUACUGGAAGCGAUUCAGACUUUCCCCAACACAGCACUCGCAACAGCAAGGUUCUUGGAGGCAGGAGGGAGGAAGAAUAUGCGCACUCCACACCACAACAGACCACCACCUUGCUUCACAAACGUCCCCUCCAGGCCCCGGCUUCCUCGCAGAAGGAACAGCCGCUACGCAACCGUCCGGACACAUCCUUUCCGACCCCUUCGAGCACUACCCCACCCUCCAACCCCUUCCGCGGCAACUCACACAACCGUGCGCUUCAACCUAUCCCACCGAAACCUGCCACCGCCAACUCGUUCACCUUCACUAGUGGCAACCAAACCGGGUCGCCUGCUGCCCUGCCUGCCACGGCCGCGGUAGGCAGGUCUAGCUCUUUUAAUGACCGACAAUCCAAAGCUGCGCAGGGUUCAAGCGCGCUACGUUGUCAUUCAUUCGACCCGGUCCCCGAAAGCAUCGACAUCACGUCUCCGGAAACGUCUAGGACCGUGAUUGAUCUGCAAGUCAGGAAAUUACUUGCGCCGUACUUUACUGGGGAUAGGAUCAACGCAAGUCAAUUAGGUUUCUUGAACGAGAAGGUGACGGACAUGCUCUUCGGCGAGUUGAGUAAAGGCUCAGCAGUACAGACAGGAGGACAGGAAGCAUGGGGUAGCCAGGCCAAGGCGGAGGUGGGAAAGCUUAUUCAAAGGGACUUUGCACCGGCGACGUCAGUACAGACAACUGUCUAUCCACCCAGUCGAUACCUUCCUCCUCCGUCCUCCUCCGCCACAACUCCCGCACCGGCUACUAGGACUGUUGAUCCAACUGCUCCUCUUGCCGGUGUGAGGCUUGAUGAAGUCCGACGUGGCGAGGGAUGUACAGCUCCCGUGCCCACGGAAGGGAACCCUUUCGCCCGCAAGGAGACCAGGUCCGGAAUCCCACCUCCCACAACGGCUCAUAGUCCGCCUAGACGUGACGCCGGGAGGGGAAUUCAAACCCAAGCUACGUUAGGCCGAAGCAGGAUCAGCCGCAUGAUGGAGGAAGGAAGAGGAAGUUGGUUAGAGCGUACAAGGACGCAACACCUGGGUACGGAAGAACCCGACCCUCCCGUCGAACAAAGGCGUGUAGAUCGUCGAAAGCAAAGGCCUGCAACACCGCCUCCGCCCAAGAGGGAUAGGAGGCGUAGGCGGCGUGAGAUGAAGUUUGGGCCUCCAGCUCCGUAUAACUCCACGGGUGGCAAAGUCAAGAUAACGCAAGAAGCACUCGUUAUUAUCCUCACUCUUCCUGUGUAUACCGGAACCGUCGCAACCACUCUCCUCCGUUCUCCUGUGACAGCCGUCUCUCUCGCUGCUGCUUCGCUCGCCUUGCAAUUGAACGCAUUUUGA